CGCGCAAUUGGGUGCUACGAAAAUUGGCGCAUAUCUUCACAAUAUCGUCAUCGUUACCUCAUAGCUGCUGCUGUGUUUGUUUGUUGCUGUCGUUCUGCACAGCGUGAACCCGUCCCCCCACGGUUGUGUUUUGUUGUGUUGGUUGGUUGGUUGGUCGCACUUUUGGAGCUACGUCCCCGGCGUCACCCUACCUACCGUUGUGCUGUUGUAGUUCACUGUCCAUCCAUUGUUCUCUUCGUCUCAGAUCACAGUUAAGUCUGUUGUUCCCUUGUCGCAUCACGCCACUGAACUCCCCACCGUUGUUUCGUCUUCGUCUACUUUUGUCUUCCCUUGUUCUUCUCUUUGUCUUGUUGUUCUUGUGUUCCGACGUUCAUUCUUCUCUUCUUCUUCUUCGUUGUCUUCACCCAUAUCAUCACGUCACUGACCAACCAAGCAUGAACUGGCAAUAUGACUUGGCGGUUGCUGCCGUGAGCUUUGUGGUGUUCUACCUGCUGGAUGAGCUGAUUGUGAAGACGGGCUUCUUCCCAAAGAGCGACAAGAACGGCCGCUACUUCACACUGCAUGUUGUGUGCAACCUCGUGGUGACGCUGGUGCACGUGGACGACCUCCUCUUCACCUACAUGCACCCGAUGGAGGCCGCCUUUGUGGAGUGCGACUGCUUCGGCACCGACGUCAUGUUCGCGCUGCACGUGUACCACAUGGUCGCCUUCCUGCCCCUCGCCUACGUGGACUGGCUGCACCACAUCAUCAUGAUUGGCAUCACGCUGCCCAUGUCCUACAUUGUGCAGCCGGGCUCGCUGCUGGGCCACGGCACCUUCUACGCGACCGGCCUGCCGGGCGGCAUCGACUACGCCAUGCUGGUUGCCGUGAAGAAGGGGUGGAUGAAGUCCGUCACGGAGAAGCGCUACAACAGCAACAUCCAGCAGUGGAUCCGGUCCCCGGGCUGCGUCAUCGACGCCUUCCUCGUCUGGAUCAGCUGGGUGGAGUACUGCCGCCGCGCAGACGCAGGCAUGUCCCCCAUCACGCCAAACACGUCGCUGUACAACACGGCGCCGCGCUGGGUCAUCUUCGUCAUCACCUUCUUCAACCUGGCCACCAUCUUCUGGAACGGCCCCUACUUCUCCAAGCGCGUCAUCGAGUCGCACACCCGCCACGCCCUGCGCGACAAGCUGCGCCGUGAACUGGAGGAGGAGCUGGCUGCUGGUGGUGGUGCUGCCAGGAGCACGACGACGGGCAAGCAAACCUCCACAGCGGCCCCAGCAGGCAAGAAGCCUGCCAACGGCACUGCCGCUGCUGGUGCUGCUGCACCUGGUGCUCGUCGACGUGCCAAGGCAGACUAAGCCAGGCAAGCCAGCAGAGAAGCAAGCAAGUGACAAGGGGGGGGGGGCUGCCACCCUCUGGUGGUUGGGACUCCUGCGGCCUUGUGUUGUGUGAUGUGAUGUGGUGUUGCUUGGUUGUGUGCGAGGGGUGUGUGCGUGCAUGUUCGUUUGUGCGAGUGGUUCGGAUGGUGGUGUUACGGUACUGGUUGUGACUCUUGGCCUUUUGGACAUCUUCGUUACAUGCAUCAGCGUGUCAACGCUGACCACCAAAUAGAAGACAACAACAGUUCACA